GAGAUAAAAGAAGCAUCUAAAUACUAUUUUAUGUUGACAAUUGCCACUUUAACAUGGUUGUUGCUCAUCUGUAUAAGUGUUUUCAUUUGUUGUUGCAAUUACUGGGAGCUGUUCUGGUCCCCAAGGAGGAGAAGGAGGAGGAGCAGAGCAUCGUCAGAGCAGGAGGAUGUAUCCGAGCAAUCGGAAUUGGAAUUGGAGCAACAGAGUAUGCUGCUCACACAGUUCGACGAUAAAUGAAGAAGCAAAGGAGACAGGAUGGCGACAUGCGACAGAUAUUUUAUCAAGAAAACACUGUAAAACAAAUAAAAGUAAACAAAAGAAAGAGAG